AUGGAUGCUAUCCGCUUACACCCAAACGAUGGUGAACCAUCCUCACCCUACUCCGAAGUCAAUCCUGCUCCCGCCACAGCCCUCAUCUUCGAUCAUGAAGUUCCAGUCCCUCGCCCACAACAACCCGGGGAAAUGUUGGUGCGGGUCGAAGCGACGACCGUCGUUCGAGAUGCUCUGACCUGGCCAGAGACCUAUCGCCAACAAUACAAUAUCUUGGGCAACGACUUUUCCGGAACGGUGGUCUCUAUCAGCGAAGAAGACUCUCAAAGUUCUCUUUCUCUGUUCAAGCCGGGAGACGAGGUUUAUGGCAUGACAGCGGCGUCGCGAGCUGGAACAUGGGCCCAAUAUGCGGUGGUGUCGGCAGAGGAAGCCUGCAAAAAGCCCCGGUCUCUCACAUGGGCUGAAGCGGCAGCUGUACCUUUGAGUGCCUUAACUGCAUAUCAAGCACUCUUUGACAAAGCUGGCAUUGUGCCGCCUGAUUUCAGCAACACUCAAUCCCAUGAAAUAAUCGGAUCUCGUCCGGGAAGUGGUGGAGAAAAGAAGGGUCGUCUGUUGGUGAACGGAGGUGCAGGUUGUGUCGGCAUCUAUGCGGUGCAACUGGCCAGCUUGGCCGGCUUGUAUGUCGUCGCAGCGACACGGUCAAGAAUACGAGAUGAAGAGUUUCUGACACGACUUGGUGCAGAUAAGGUGGUCGAGUAUGGCGAUCUGAUCAAAGGUUCAUGGAAAUAUGAGACUAUCAUUGACACAGUUGGCGGAAAGGGUCUUGAAACCUGCUGGUCUCUGGUCGCCGAGUCCGGCACCCUGAUAUCUAUCGACAGCGCGAGCUACGAUUUUGUGCGGCGCCACCGCGAUUCCGGACUAGCCAGUGGGAAGGAAACCGUCAAGGCUCUCUUUUUCAUUGUGGCUCCUUCGAGAACGGGUCUGGAACAAUUGGCAAAGGCCCUGGACUCGGCCCUUCUGAAAUCCUUUGUGGCGCGCGUGAUGCCGUUGGCGGAUGCAAGGCAGGCUUACAAGUAUUCCUCGAAUGCACCGACAGAGCGAGGGAAAAUUGUUCUGGUGCCUCAACAUAGCAGAAAACCCCACACGUAA